AAGAAAAAAUCAUUAAGUGCCCUUCAUUAAGCACUAUUAUAAGUGAUUUAUUUAGAAAGUGAACCAUUCGAGGUGCCAGAAAUUUCUUCGUCAGGUGCAAGCUGUAAUAAAUCAACUGAUCGAGAUGGACUCCAAAUUUUUUUUCUCCACUUUGAUCAUCCUUUUAGUUACAUUGUUUACGGAUGGCUUACCGAUUCAAGAGGAACUUUACGAAGGCGGUAAUUGCGAACUGGAGGCCGGCAACUUAGGCGUAUGCAAGAGGAUAGACGAAUGUCCGUCCAGAUUACGAGAGGUGAUAGAUGGUAAAAGGGACGCGGAUUCAAUGGGGCGUUGCGGCUUCAAGAAGUAUACGGAAAUUGUCUGUUGUCAAUUAGACAUCACACGAAGGAUAAAACUGCGGACAGAAGAUACUGUAUCAUCGUGGCCAGCAAAAUGGUUCAUCCUUUCAACAACAAGAUAAUUAUUAAUUCGAUAUAACCAUUUCUCAUAUAAUUAUUUUUAUAUUGAAAAUUGCGAUAAAAAUUGAUUUACUUGAAAUCUUUUAAAUAGAAAAGUUUUCUGCCUUAUCCAUUCUUUCGAUUCCUGCAUCUUUUUAUAUGUAAAUAUGCUUUAAUAAAAUAUGUAAGUAUUGUAACAUUCGUCGUCUUUUUAUUUCUGUACAAUAUUGACUGCGUUUCGAAAUUUACCGCCAGUACUGGAAAUCUAUAGUUUACGUCACGUAUAUUGUAGAUUUUCAGUACUGACAGUGAAUUUUGGAACGCAGCCAUUUCUGCAAAAAUAGAUUGACAAUGUUCAGUUGAAUGACAUUAGUGACAAGAAACGUUUUUUGUAAAUGUGAAAAUGACCGAUAAGAAGGAAGAAGAAAGAAAAGAGGACGAUGAACGUCUCGAAUAUAUUUAUAAAUAUUUAGUGCUCUCCAGAAAAAUUAAAAUCGAUAAAUGGAUAAAGAUGCUAUCAAGUGAGGAAUUCAAGGAGACAAUUAUGAAAUUUUUCAAUACACCGUCGGAGAUGAUCCUGAUUGUACAAUUGAAUCCAGCUGGAACAUUAGUACCGUUUCUCGAAAUACCGCCGACAGGUCGUGUAAAGGCAUCAUAUUUUAUAAAGAGGAAACCUGUCCAAAUCACGAAGGAGAAUUAUAGAAACGUUAUUAUACCCGGCGAUAUGGCUCCGAAACCUAUCGAAGAAUUGUCUGUUUUAGUCGAAGAGGCGUAUGUACCGAUAUUAUCAAAUUCGAAAAAUCAUAAGGGUUGGCCGAGUGUUAUCGGCGAAGACGUGAAAAAACAUGUUUAUGAUCUGCGCAACAUAAUAUGCCAGGUCAAAGGUAAAAUGACAGGACAAACCUUACUACCGAUGCCGAUGGGCAUCGAGAAUAUAUUCGACGAGGAAUGGAAAGCACAACAGAGCGGCGGUGUCGAGGUCGAUGUUCGUUUAAAGAGCAAUAUAGAAACUAUCGUGACGAAGUGGUGCUCGCAAAUCGGUGAUAUACUCAACGAGGAAAGCACACGCGCCUUCGUAAACGACAAACAACCGCUACCUAGUGCUGAAAUCGAAUUCUGGCAUCAGCGACUGGAGAACAUCGAAUCCAUUUACAAUCAGAUGAAGGAUCUUCGAGUGAAAAAGAUGGCUUCUAUUUUGGAAUUAACCAAGAGUCCGUACUCGCCACGUUUCAAGACUCUCUUAAAGGAUGUUAGCAUUGCGGUGAUUGAAGCGCGCGACGUAUAUUCUUACUUAAAAGCAUUGGAGCCUCACUUCGAGGACAUACAAAAUACCGAAUUCAAAGACAUACAGCCAAAAUUGAAGCCGAUGCUGCACUGCGUGUGCCUGUUGUGGGCAAACUCAAAAUAUUAUUGCACCACUACGCGUAUAGUCACACUGUUGUUCGCGAUAUCUAAUCUGUUAAUAGAUGAGGCUAUCAAAUAUUUGGAUCAGAGCACUUUGUUCGGCGACGUCGAAGACAGUCUGAAACGUUUGGAUCAUGUGACAAGCAUGUUGACUUAUUAUAUAGAAAUGUUCGACUUAUUUAAAAGUAGAGUGGAUACUUAUUACAAGCAUCCGUCCGAGUCAAACGCAUGGAGUUUCGACGACGAAUUGGUACUCGGAAGAAUGAUAAAGUUUCUAAAACGUCUAGGAGAGAUAAAGAUUUUAUUCGACACGGCUCAAGAUUAUUUCAAGCUAGAAAGGAUCGAAUUCGGGGGCUUAAGAGGGAAAAUCUUGUGCUCAAAAAUAUAUAACAUUCACGAUAAGUUCGUUAAGUUCUACAAUGAAUUCGCCGAGCUGGAGUACGAUAUUUUAAUGCCGGAAGAAACACGGUUCACCGAUCACGUAACUUCCUUUUUAGCGAAGGUCGAGGAGUUCGACAGACAGUUGGCUAAUAUAUUCGAUCAGGCGUUCUCUGAAAGUCACAAUACGGAAUUUAUGUUCAAAGUGAUAUGGAUCAUAGGCUCGAUGGCGAAUCGACCGAUCAUCAUGGAGCAAUUAUGGCACAAUUACGAGAGAUUGCUUCAAAGAAUCCACAAUCAUUUUGAUGAAAUUAAACUCAUAUUCGACAGUCAUUUCAAAGACAUUAAAAAGAAUGACUGGAUCGACACCGAUGAAUAUUUCCCGCAAGUCGCUGGCGCAUUGUGCACGCUGAUACAAUUACAGCAUCGAAUAGAGUAUCCGAUGCAAAGCGCGAAAUUGGUCGAUCAUCCUUUGAUAAAUCACAAAAUGGUGCAGGAAACCAAGCUGAAGUACGAGCAAUUGCAGGCACUCAUGGACGCCAAGGAGAACGAAAUAUUCACAGAAUGGAGUAAGAAAGUAGUCGAAGUAAGCAAUCUUCAUCUAUCGAGAAGUUUAUUAACAAUAUACGAGGACCAACUACUUGAUGUAAACUUUGAUCCGGAACUUAACGGUUUACUGCGAGAGACUCGCUAUAUGAUUAUCAUGAAGAGGAAGGAUCUACCUGAGGAAGCAUCUCGGCUCUAUUACAGGACGCAGUAUUUCUUUGAAAAUACUUACAAUCUUGGUUUGCUCGUGCAAUGGUACAACCGAAUAAGACAGUACAGUUUGCCAGUGGAAUUUGAGUUGGUGAAACACGAAAUCGAAGAAGUGGACGAAUUAAUCGGUUUUGGCCAGAAAAAUUACAAUUGGAAUUCUCCUGAAGUGCCGGAGUAUAUCGGCAAUUUGCUGCGUUUGGUGCAAAAGUUAUAUACGCGGAUCUUCCGCGCGCAAGAAAACAUCACUUCAUUAUUGCAAACGAUUUACUCGUGGGCGCUGAUGCCGAUAUUAGAGCGUAAGGAUUUUAAGAAUGAAAAUUUGCUCGCCAUAAAUGAGCGUGACGAGAAUUUGCAAAAGAGAUACGAUCAGAUCAAGCACGCUGCCAAGGAACUAAAUCGAAUCUUGGACGAAAAUUACAAACUUUUCUUCGACUUGCUGCCCGAUUCACUGUAUAAGAGACAUGAAUUCGAAUUGGACGAAAGUAAUUCUUAUUGUUUUUCUAAAGAUAAGUAGACAUACCAUACUCGAUCAUAACACAUACUCAAUUACAAAAACUCGAUUGGAUACGAAAGAGCAAGAUGUGAAAGACGAAGAAAUCCCAAAAAAGGCAGACGAUAUGGAAGCAGAUCAAUUGAGAUGGAUAUUGUGGAGGAUGAAAAAGCCGAAUUGAUAGCCGGCGUAACCGAAACGGGAGAGGAAAUUGCUCAGCGUAUGAUUAAAUGGAAGCCCUAUCUCGCUUAUGUCGAUGAUUUGAUAUCGAAAGCUCUGAUCCAAGCCGCUUCUACCAGUAUAUGCUACCUACUCGAUGAAACCGAUCCAGAGAGCAACGUGUGGCCCCUUUUCGAAAUUCAGUUGUCGCUCGAAGUACCCCACAUCAUCUUUCACCCUCCGGUAGAUCCGGACAAUCCCGACGGCUUCUACGCAUUUUACGAGAAUUUGUUACUUGACAUUAUGAAGAUGGGAACUUUAAUACCACGUGUAGAUUCCGACGUCGCAGCGGAACGAGAGCACUACGGAAUCGAUUUAGCGGAAGAAGAAAACAUCGUUUUCAUGCUCGAGGAGACGUGUAACCGGAUCAAGUUGGGUUUGGUACAAGCGCAGGAAUACAUUGUCAUUUUCGAACCGUUUUCCUGGUUGUGGCUGAACGACAAACAACAGUAUUUGAAUCUGUUCUUACGUUUUGGCCGUGCGCUCACGGAUGAGGAAAAAGUUAUGGUAACGCAAGGGCUAGAAACUUUGUCAGAGAAUCUGAAAGAGAGAAAACCAGGAUUGGCUGAUUUUAAGAGAGAAAUUGACUACUUCAUGGAACUUUACAAUAAGUGCGACAAGUUCGUAAACGAAAAGGUCUUUUUGCGUUGGUUACGGCUAGACGUGAGAGCCCUGAAGCAAGCUUUACUCAACACAAUCUGCAAGUGGACUAAUUUAUUCAAGACGCAUCUUGUUGACUAUGUUAAUAACGAACUCAGGAAUCUCAGCGAGUUUCUGACGAACGCUUUAAAGAAAUUUACACAGCCGAUCGCACCGGAUGAUUACGAGGACUUGCUAAACACUAUAUAUUACCUAAAAGAGGUUCGAGACCGGCAUUAUCAGAUCGACGACAUGUGGGAACCUAUUAAGGCUAUUAUAGACCUUCUUAAGCAAUACCAAGUAAAAUUCGGCGAGGAAACGUAUAUUUGGCUGACGGAACUGCCGGAGCAAUGGGCGAAUGUUAAGAAGUGCGCGGCGCAAGUGAAGCAGAUUGUGAAUCCUCUGAUGGCACGUCAGAUCGAGUUGCUGAAGAAACGUCUUAAUUAUUACGACUUCAAGCAACAGCAGUGUCUGGCGCGAUUCCGCGAAAAUGUCAUCUUCAGUUUCGAUUGUACGAACGUGUACGAGAAAUUGGACAAGAUAAAUGAAGAAAUUUUAGAAUUCGAAAGGGAAUUAGAAGCGCUGCGUGAUCAAGCGAAUAUAUUCGAACAGCAGGUGCCGGAAUUUAAACAAAUCAAACUCGCGAGACGGGAAUUAAAGCUUCUAAAGAACCUUUGGGAUUAUGUCAAUGUCAUUACGUCGAGUCUAGACGAAUGGAAGACGACGUUCUGGAAAAAAAUAGACGUCGAGGGAAUGGAUCAGGAGUGUAAAAAGUUAAUUCGAGAAUUGAAACAAUUAGACAAAGAGACACGAACUUGGGAUUUGUACGCUCACGUAGAAGCGCAAGUGAGGAAUAUGAUGUCAUCGUUAAGGGCAGUUUCGGAACUGCAAAAUCCCGCCAUCAAAUCCAGACAUUGGCAAGAACUCAUGGCUGAGACUCGAGUGAGAUUCACCAUGGACGAUAAAACUACUUUGGAAGAUUUAUUGAAAUUAGAGCUUCACAAAUACGAGGAGGAAGUUAAGAACAUGGUGGACAAGGCGGUUAAGGAAAUGAGCAUGGAGAAAGUUCUUAAAGAGCUUCACGGCACAUGGGAUACUCUCGAGUUCGGCAAGGAGGCGCACGAACGCACUAGGCUCAGUGUCAUAACAAUAGGCGAGGAAACGAUCGAGAUGUUGGAAGAAAAUCAGGUGCAACUGCAAAGCAUGAUGGACUCUAAAUACGUCGCUUACUUCCUCGACGAAGUAUUGGAUUGGCAGCAAAAGCUUAGCAAUGCGGACGCCGUAAUUAACGCUUGGUUUCAAGUCCAACGAGCUUGGAUGCAUCUCGAAAGCAUCUUCAUCGGUUCGGAAGAUAUAAGAAGCCAGUUGCCGGAAGAAUCAAAGCGCUUCGAAAAGAUAGACAAGGAUUUUAAAGAUCUGUUGAAGGAAAUGGUGGGCAAUUUGAAUAUAGUAAAGUCAACAAAUAGACCAAAACUUCUGAGUCGCCUGGAGGAAUUGCAAGCGCAAUUAAAUAUCUGCCAGAAAGCACUAUCCGAUUAUCUAGAGACGAAAAGACUGGCCUAUCCACGAUUUUAUUUUAUCUCAUCCGCAGAUCUAUUGGACAUACUGAGCAAUGGAAACAAUCCCGAGCUGGUUUGCAAGCAUUUAUCCAAGUUGUACGACUCGUUGGCGAACCUCACAUGGAAAAUGGAAGGCGGAAAACCGACGAAAAAUGCCAAUGGCAUGAUAGCGAAGGAUGGCGAGGAAAUGGAAAUGCAUGGAACGUGUGACUGCACGGGGAAGGUUGAGAUCUGGUUGAAUCGCGUUACGGACGCGAUGAAAAGAACCGUGAGACAUCGAUUCAGUCAAGCUGUCGCGUCGUACGAUGAGAAGCCCCGCGAUUCGUGGAUCUUGGAUUAUGAAGCACAGCCGGCUCUAUGCGGCACGCAGAUCUGGUGGACUUCUGAGGUGAAUAUGGCAUUCGCGAGACUCGAGGAGGGAUUCGAGAACGCGCUUAAGGAUUAUCAGAAGAAGCAGAUCACCCAAUUAAACACGCUGAUUGCAAUUUUGCGCGGCGAGUUGAACGAGAACGAUCGACAGAAGAUUAUGACUAUCUGCACCAUUGACGUUCACGCGCGUGACGUUGUCGGAAAGCUAAUAUCCAUCAAAGCGGAGAGCUCCUCCAACUUUCAAUGGCAGUCGCAGUUGAGACACAGAUGGGAUGACAAAUCGGGCGAUUGCUACGCCAACAUUUGCGACGCGUGUUUCGUCUACGCUUACGAGUACUUGGGUAACGUGCCGCGUCUGGUAAUUACGCCGUUGACGGACAGAUGCUACAUUACGUUGACGCAAUCGUUGCAUUUGAUAAUGGGCGGAGCACCGGCCGGGCCCGCGGGGACGGGAAAAACCGAGACGACCAAGGACCUCGGUAGAGCCCUUGGACAAAUGGUUUACGUCUUCAACUGCUCUGAACAGAUGGAUUAUAAAUCGUGCGGUAACAUAUACAAGGGUCUAGCGCAAACUGGCGCAUGGGGUUGCUUCGACGAAUUUAACAGGAUUUCAGUCGAAGUAUUGUCAGUCGUGGCCGUGCAAGUGAAAUGUGUUCUGGACGGAGUUAAAAACCGGAAGAAAAAAUUCUUGUUUUUUGGGGAGGAGCUUAAUAUCGUGGAUACUGUCGGCAUGUUUAUAACGAUGAACCCCGGUUAUGCUGGUAGAACGGAAUUACCCGAGAACUUGAAAACGUUAUUUCGACCCUGCGCUAUGGUGGUGCCCGAUUUUGAGCUAAUUUGCGAGAUCAUGUUAGUGGCCGAAGGCUUCCAAGAUGCGAGAUUACUAGCGAGAAAGUUUAUCACGUUAUACAUGUUAUGUCGAGAGCUUUUAUCCAAACAAGACCACUACGACUGGGGUCUGAGAGCUAUCAAGUCCGUUCUAGUCGUCGCCGGAAAACUAAAACGCGAUGAUAGGCAAAGGCCAGAGGACCAAGUAUUAAUGAGAGCACUAAGAGAUUUUAAUAUGCCGAAAAUCGUGACUGACGAUGUGCCUGUAUUCAUGGGAUUAAUAGGGGAUCUAUUUCCCGCAUUGGACGUGCCGCGAAAGAGAGACUUAGAUUUCGAAAAAAUGGUCAAACUUGCGGCUCUUGAUUUAAAGUUACAGCCAGAAGAUGGUUUCAUACUAAAAGUGGUGCAAUUGGAGGAAUUAUUCCACGUUCGGCACUCGGUCUUUAUCGUCGGUUUCGCCGGCACCGGUAAGACUGAUGUCUGGAAAACGCUCCAUCGAACGUACGUAAACCAAAAGCGCAAGCCGUACUACAACGAUCUGAACCCGAAGGCGGUGACCAACGACGAGUUAUUUGGUGUCAUUAAUCCGACAACGAGGGAAUGGAAAGACGGGUUGUUCUCCAUGAUAAUGAGGGAGCAGGCGAAUAUGACCGGGGACGGCCCAAAAUGGAUCAUAUUCGACGGUGACAUCGAUCCCAUGUGGAUUGAAUCCUUGAACACGGUGAUGGAUGAUAAUAAGGUUUUAACCUUGGCGAGUAACGAGAGAAUCUCAUUAACGAAGCACAUGCGUCUCCUCUUUGAAAUUUCUAAUUUAAGGACAGCUACACCGGCAACAGUGUCUAGAGCGGGGAUUUUGUAUAUCAAUCCACAAGAUUUAGGCUGGAGCCCAUUUAUAACAAGCUGGAUAGAAACGAGAGAUCCCAUCGAGCGCGCUAAUCUAUCAAUUCUAUUCGAGAAAUACAUUCCACCUCUGCUGGAAGUAACAAAGUCGAAAUUUAAGAAAAUCACUCCCUUGCCGGAGAUAUGUCACCUGGAAGUACUUUGUCACUUACUCGAUUGUUUCCUGACUAAAGAGAACGUACCGCCAGACGGCCCGAAGGAAUGGUGCGAAUUGUAUUUUGCAUUCGCCUGUAUUUGGGCGUUCGGCUCUGCAAUGUUUCGAGAUCAGUUAGUAGAUUGGCGGAACGAAUUCAGCAGGUGGUGGCAAAAUGAAUUCAAAACUGUUAAGUUUCCAUCGGGUGGAACCGUGUUCAGUUACUUUAUAGAACCAGAGACAAAAAAAUUGGUGCCUUGGACCGAAAAAGUCACCGCGUUCGAGUUGGACUCGAAUAUUCCGCUGCAGUCCGCUUUGGUACCAACGGGAGAAACAGUUCGCUUGCGAUUUUUCAUGGAUUUAUUGGUAAAGAAACGCGUUCCCGUCAUGUUCGUGGGUGGAGCGGGCUCUGGAAAAAGCGUUAUCGUAGCCGACAAAUUGGCUAGUUUGCCAGAUAAUUAUAACAUCGCAAAUGUUCCCUUCAAUUUUUACACUACAUCAGACAUGUUACAGAAAGUGCUCGAGAAACAUUUGGAGAAGAAAGCGGGGCGUAAUUACGGGCCACCGGGCACGAAACUCUUGGUAUAUUUCAUAGACGACAUGAAUAUGCCGGAAGUGGACACUUAUGGGACCGUACAACCUCAUACUCUCAUCAGACAACAUAUGGAUUACAAUCACUGGUACGACAGAACGAAACUAACUUUAAAAGAGGUUCACAAUACGCAAUAUGUUUCCUGCAUGAACCCUACUGCGGGCAGUUUCACCAUAGAUCCCCGGUUACAAAGACACUUUGCCGUCUUUGCUGUCAGUUUUCCGCAAAUCGAGGCGCUCAUGAUGAUAUACAGUCAAAUUCUCAAGCAGCAUGUGACGGAUCCGCAGCAAAAAUUCAAUCCGGCGGUGCAAAAAUUUACGGGACCUCUGAUUGACGCCGCGUUGUAUCUUCACGAUAAAAUUUCCGCCACCUUUCUGCCGACGGUCGUCAAAUUUCAUUACGUUUUCAAUUUGCGCGACUUGACCAACAUAUUCCAGGGUAUGCUCUUCGCCCGCGGCGACGCCCUACCACUUCCGAGUCAUCUAAUCAGGCUCUACGCUCACGAAGCGACGCGGGUGUAUCGUGACAAAUUGAUAAAUUUUGAGGAUCAGAAGAUAUUCGAUCGCCUGCUGCUCGAGGCGCUUCGCAAAAAUGUACCCGAGCUGAACGAGAGAGAACUCGGUUUGGAGCAACCGUUGAUAUAUUGCCAUUUCGCGGGAGGAAUCGGCGAGCCCAAAUACGCGCCAAUCAAGGAUUGGGCGCAGCUUGUAAAAUUGCUCAACGAAGCCUUGCUCAAUUACAACGAGCUGGUGUCCGCGAUGAAUCUAGUAUUGUUCGAGGAUGCCAUGUAUCACGUGUGUCGUAUCAACAGAAUAUUGGAGGCACCAAGAGGCAAUGCGCUUCUAGUCGGCGUGGGUGGUAGUGGCAAACAAUCCUUAUCGCGCUUAGCUUCUUUCGUUUCCUCGUUGGAGGUGUUUCAAGUGCAACUUCGCAAAGGCUACUCGCUUAACGAUCUCAAGGCUGAUCUAGCCGUGUUAUAUCUGAAAGCCGGCGUAAAGGGAAUUGGUAUUGCAUUCUUAAUGAGCGAUUCUCAGAUCGCUGAGGAAAAGUUCCUUGUCGUGGUGAACGAUAUGCUAGCAUCGGGGGAGAUCGCGGAAUUAAUGGCCGACGAGGAAGUGGACAACGUCGUUAACGCCGUGCGCAAUGAGGUCAAGCAAACCGGAGUAAUCGACAGCAAAGAGAACUGCUGGAAAUUCUUCAUCGAACGGGUGCGAAGGCAAUUGAGAUGCGUCCUGUGCUUCUCGCCGGUGGGAGCAACUCUGCGAAAAAGAGCCAGACAGUUUCCUGCGAUAGUAAAUUGCACAGCGAUCGACUGGUUUCAGGAUUGGCCGCAGAAAGCACUGGAAUCUGUAUCGGCGACGUUUUUGGAAGACUUAAAGGAAUUACCGGCCGAAUAUAGGACUUCCGCGUCGCUCUUCAUGUCCUUCGUCCACACGAGCGUGAACAACAUGUCCACGCUAUAUUUGCAGAACGAAAGACGAUACAAUUAUACGACGCCGAAAUCAUUUCUCGAGCAAAUCUCUUUAUAUUCUAAGUUGCUGUCAGAAAAGGAAUACGACUUGAAAGCAAUGAUUUCGCGUCUCAUCGAUGGACUGAUAAAACUCGAAUCUUGCUCUCAUCAGGUUGACAGGCUAAAAGUUAUUUUAACGGCUCAAGAAAUCGAGUUGAAGAAAAGAAACGAAAUAGCCGACAAAAUAUUAGCCGAGGUGCGUGCGGAAAAUGCAAAAGCGGAAGCGGAAAAGGCUAUUGUCACCGAAGAAGAAGAGAAAGUGGCGGAUAUUAAAGAGACGGUGUCGGAAAACCAGAAACGCUGCGACGAAGACUUGAUGCGUGCGGAGCCGGCGGUGAGGCAAGCUGAAGCUGCACUCGAUACUUUGAACAAGAAUAACUUAACCGAAUUAAAGUCCUUCGGUACCCCGCCGGAAGCGGUGCUAAUGGUCGCUCAGGCUGUGCUCGUUCUAUUCGCACCGAAAGGGAAAAUUUCGAAGGACAAAAGUUGGAAAGUUUGUAGAACAAUUAUGGGAUCUAUCGACGGGUUUCUCUCACAAUUGCGCAAUUACGAUAAAGAGAAUAUACAUCCAGAUGUCGUUAAGGCGAUUCAGCCGUACAUCAACGAUAAAGAUUUCGAUCCAGAUGUUGUAUAUUCAAAAUCACAAGCGGCAGCGGGGCUUUGUAGCUGGGUGAAGAACAUCAUGGUAUUUCAUUAUAUCAAUGAGAAUGUGAAGCCUCUGAGGGCCGCACUCGCACAGGCGAACGCCGAUCUGAGGGGCGCUAUGGACAAGUUAAAUUCUUUGAGAAGCCGUUUAGCGGAGCUUCAGAAAAUGUUGGAUAUCCUAAGCGAAAAAAUGAGCGUGGCUUUAGCCGCGAAACAAAAGUGCCAGGACGAAGCGGAAGCGACCGCGUUCAAGAUAGACCUGGCAAAUCGAUUGGUAAACGGUCUAGCGUCCGAAAAUGUUCGCUGGGCUGAGACCGUGCAAGUGUUAAAAGAAUCCGAAAUUACUCUUCCGGGCAACGUGUUACUCAUCACGGCGUUUAUUUCUUAUAUGGGAUGUUUCACAAGGAAGUAUCGAACAGAUCUCAUGAAUUUAUAUUGGUUACCAUUUCUUGACACCUUGCAAACACCGAUACCGCACACGCCGGACUUGGAUCUAUUGUCUUUAAUGACGGACGACGCAAAAAUCGCUCAAUGGAAUAAUGAGGGUUUACCCGCGGACAGAAUGUCAUCGGAAAACGCCACGAUACUGACGAAUUCAUCCAGAUGGCCAUUGAUAAUCGAUCCGCAAUUGCAAGGGAUCAAGUGGAUCAAGAACAAAUACGGAGAUGACUUGACAGUGCUACGCUUGGCGCAGAAGGAUUAUCUCGACAGAAUCGAGUAUGCCAUCGCCAAUGGUGAGGUGGUGCUAUUGGAAAGUAUCAUGGAGACGGUCGACGCCGUUCUCGAUCCGAUCUUGGGCCGGGUUUUAAUAAAGAGAGGAAGGGCCAUCAAGGUGGGCGACAAAGAGGUGGAUUACGACCCGCGCUUCCGUCUGAUCCUACAAACGAAACUGGCGAAUCCUCACUACAAGCCGGAGAUGCAAGCCCAGACCACGCUCAUCAAUUUUACGGUUACGAAAGACGGUUUAGAAGAACAGCUAUUAGGUGCUGUUGUGAAAGCGGAGCGUCCGGACUUGGAGGCGAGCAAAGCCGAACUCACAAUCCAACAGAACACGUUCAAGAUCACACUGAAAGCAUUGGAAGACGAUUUGUUGCACAGAUUGUCGUCAGCCGGUCCCGACAUCUUGAGCGACGUUGCUCUCGUGGAGAAUCUCGAAACUACAAAGAAGACCGCCGGCGAGAUCGAGACGAAGGCGAUCGAGGCGAAGGUGACCGCCGCGAAGAUCGACGAGGCGCGAGAGUCCUACCGGCCGGUGGCGUCCCGAGCCAGCCUCCUCUACUUCAUCCUUAACGAUCUCAACAAGAUCAACAUGCUGUACCAGUUUUCUCUCAAGGCGUUCAGUACGGUCUUCCAGAAUGCCAUUAAAUUUGCCGAGCCGGCGGACAGCCUCAGUAAACGCGUCGCCAGUUUAAUCGACAGCGUCACGUACUUGGUUUUUACGUACACCAGCAGAGGACUGUUCGAGAGCGACAAGCUCAUAUUUCUAUGCCAAUUGACUCUUCAGAUUCUGCUGCAAACGGACGAGAUAGAUUCAAUCGAAAUGGAUUUUCUCUUGCGAUUCCCUCAUUUGCCGGAUCUUACGAGUCCGGUGGAUUUCCUCAGCAACGUUAACUGGGGCGGCAUCAAAUAUUUAAGCAGAUUGGAGAAUUUUCGCAAUUUAGAUCGCGACAUAGACGGGGCUGCGAAAAGGUGGAAGAAAUUUAUCGAGUCGGAAACGCCGGAGAGAGAGAAAUUUCCUCAAGAAUGGAAAAAUAAAACCGCCUUCCAGAGACUUUGUAUAAUGCGAUGUGUGAGAUUGGAUCGAAUGGUUUACGCUAUACGAUGCUUUGUGGAAGAGAAGAUGGAUGCGAAAUUCAUACAUUUCCGAACGCAGUCCUUCGAAAAGUCGUACGAAGAAACAAGCUCGAGCACGCCGGACGUCGAGAAACUCGGCAAGCGGCUCGGCUUUACGUUCGACGCGCAAAAUUUCCAUAAUGUAUCGCUGGGACAAGGUCAAGAACUCGUCGCCGAAGAAGCAAUGGACCUCUCGGCGCACGAGGGUCACUGGGUUAUUCUUCAGAACGUUCAUUUAGUGAAGAACUGGUUGCCGAAUCUGGAGAAGAAAAUAGAGCAACUCUCGGAAGAGCCGCACGAAGAUUAUCGUCUUUAUAUCAGCGCGGAACCGAGCCCCGACCCUCACCAGUCGAUUAUACCACAAGGCAUAUUGGAGUCGGCUAUAAAAAUCACCAAUGAACCGCCGACGGGCAUGCGCGCUAAUAUCCAUAAAGCUCUGGAUAACUUUAGCCAAGAAACGCUAGAAUCCUGCACGAAGGAGACCGAAUUCAAAGCCAUUCUCUUCGCUCUCUGUUAUUAUCACGCUGCUGUGGCGGAGCGCAAGAAAUUCGGGGCUCAAGGAUGGAACAGGUCGUAUCCAUUCAACGUCGGCGACUUGACUAUCAGCGCAUCGGUAUUGUUGAAUUACCUCGAGAGCAAUAAUAAAAUACCUUGGGAAGAUCUACGUUACUUGUUCGGGGAAAUCAUGUAUGGCGGCCACAUAACUGACGAUUGGGACAGAAGAUUGUGUCGGACAUACCUCUUCGAGUAUCUCCAGCCGGAAUUGGUCGAGGGUGAUCUGUAUCUAGCUCCAGGUUUUCUAGUGCCACCCAGCAGUGAUUACGCGGGUUAUCAUCAAUACGUGGAAUAUUAUUUACCGGCGGAAAGUCCUGCUCUCUACGGACUUCAUCCGAACGCUGAAAUCGGUUUCCUCACAAGCACGGCAGAGAACUUAUUCAAAACAAUUUGGGGAAUGCAGCCGCGGGACGUUGCGGACACAACGGCCGGAGUAUCGAAAGAGGAUAAGGUGAAGACUCUUAUAGAGGAUUUGUUGGACAAGCUUCCCGAGGAGUUUAAUAUUCAAGACUUGAUGAGCAAGGUGGAAGAUCGCACACCUUACGUUGUCGUCGCUCUCCAAGAAUGCGAACAUAUGAACAUGCUCUGCAAGGAACUGAAGAGAUCUCUAAAAGAACUGGAUCUUGGUUUGAAAGGCGAGCUUACAAUUAGCGCGGACAUGGAGGAUUUGCAGAAUCACUUGUUUAUGGAUUCUGUACCGCCGUCUUGGACCAAACGUGCCUGUCCUUCCACUCUUGGAUUGUCGAGUUGGUUCGCGGACCUGCUCAAUCGAAUAACAGAGCUGUCAAAUUGGACGGUAGAUUUUAAUUUGCCAUCAUCGAUAUGGCUGGGUGGUUUCUUCAAUCCGCAGUCCCUACUCACUGCCAUCAUGCAGCAGACCGCUCGUAAAAAUGAGUGGCCGCUGGACAAGAUGUGUCUGCAUUGCGACGUAACCAGAAAGCAGAAGGAGGAACUUACGGUGGCGCCGCGCGAGGGUGCGUUCAUCAACGGUCUGUACAUGGAGGGCGCGCGAUGGGACGUCGCAACCAGUGCGAUCGCAGAAUCCCGGCUGAAAGAGCUGUUGCCGCUGAUGCCGGUGGUGUUCGUAAAGGCGAUCACGCAGGACAAGCUGGAGAUGAAGAACAUGUACGAGUGCCCGGUUUAUCGGACUAGAACACGCGGCAACACAUACAUCUGGACGUUUAAUUUGAAGACUCGCGACAAGCCCACCAAAUGGACUCUGGCCGGCGUUGCGAUUCUCCUGCAAAUUUAACCGAUUGUAUACCUCUCCACGCGGUGCAAAGCGGUACGUUCACACGCAAUUCCGCGCUCGUAAUAGUUUCUUCUGCUUCUUUCUUUCUUUCUUUUUUUUAUGCUUCCCUUCGCAAGAAUCGUAAUGGCAACGCGCGCUCGCGCGACCACGGUUUCCUGGUUAAUAACCCCUCGCAAUUACGUCAAACCCUCUCCCGCGCGUACAGGCUAGUCGGAGCGGUAAUAAUUAUAACGCGCAUUAUUCGGGUAAUUACGAUCGGCAUAUAUCUACGUGUUGUUGUAACGCGGAGAAGUGGAGCGAUUUGGUCCCCAGGUGGAAUCCAACAGUCUCGUGUUGAUUCGGAGGCGGGGAAACGGAAGAAACUCGGUGCGCGGCUCGCAGAUGCGCUCGUUACUCCGAAAGAAAUAUUGCCGUAAUAUGUCGCCAAUUGAAUUGAAAGCAAACGUCAAAAAGGAUCGACAAAAACGACGACGUGCCGUUUCGACGACAACGGUAGGAAGGACGUCGGCUUUCCGCACAUCCGGUGCUUUCUUUACGCGCGCACCAACACGUAUACACGCUCUCGCGCGGCGACCGCGUAUUAUAUUAGGUCUGUUUGACAAGUCGAUGGCGGUACACACGGCGACAAUAUGAUUGGAGGUUCCGAGGAAGUGGUCACCCUUUAUCGACUGCGACCAUAAUUAUCCGUUUCGCGAUGACGCAUCUGGUUUCGCGUGCGAUGCGGUGCGCGCGGAAUUUCGGACACGCGAGCAAGCGCCUUGCGAAACAGAGCGAGUCGUGCGAGCGAGCCGACUAAAUGACGAUAACGAAACAACGAAUAAAAGUAGCGAAGUUUAUUGUCGCGCGACACAUCGUGACCACAUUUACUCGCAAUCAUGUGUGCUUUUUAAAACGAUCUGCUCGACUGUAUUUUUACGUCUCUUGCGUUCAUUCAAUAAAGUGAAAAUAACUAUUAAUAAUUGCGACGACGAUAUAUGCAAAUAGAAUUUUCUCAAAUUUGACAAGCUCCAACUUUCAUUCGUUCGGGUAAUUUUUUUCUUUAGAAUAAAGUUGACAUAUUUAUUUUGCAAUUUAUACAACGUUACGAUUUUUCAUUUUAUCUAAUUACCAAAGGGAUUCUUUAACUAGAACUUUCCUUUUCUAAUAAAAUAUUAUAACUAACAAAUCUUCGAAAUGAUACGUAUUUCGCCUGUUUGGUUUGGAAGCCAAACUUUUAUGAGGCACAUAUCUUCGUGGAUAAGCUUCUACAUUAAACGCGGUCGCUGAUUUUAGACGCAGCCGGCGCUACCUGUCUCGGAUUAAGAAAGAUUCGGGAAAUAUUUUUUGGUCAUUAAACUAAUUAGAUUACUGGUAUUGCGGCGGUCGGCUAUAAAUUAGCGUCCCAGGACCUUUACGGUUGCUCCGUCCAAAGCGUCUUCGGCCGAGAACGCCCUCCGGGCAAACACACGUUUCUGGCAUUUAUAGAGGACCCAUUGAACAAGAAGAAUGUGAUAAAAGAAGCUUUAGACAAACCGAUUUCGAGUCAUGCCGAACGAAUUGAACAAGAGCCGUCGCGCGUGAUUGCUACUCGAAUACAAUCAGAUAAUACGAGUACGUGCGUUGUUUUGGAACCUGUUUAAAUGCUCUUUGAUUCACAAUAAUAUUCAAAAUAUUAUCAUUAUAAUAUAUAUUUCGAAAUUUUGCUUUUUACAUACUUUGUAUAACGUCUCAGUGCCGAGAAAGAAUGCCUUCUGACAGAACGUAAGGAAUAUUUAUAUUUCCAAUGUGCUGAAUAACAACUAGCGAUAAUCAGAAAUUGAUCAUUGUAAUCAAUGCAGUGAUUAAAUAAUUAUAACUCAUAAUAUGUAUUUAUUAAAUUGCUCUGUGUGUAAACUCGCAAUCUAAUAGUAAUGAGAUAGAUUGGGAAAUAAGAAGUCGGCGGAAAAACAUUUAAUUAU